AUGUCCAAUUUAUCUGAUACAGCGGAUGGUAACGAUACCAAACGCGGCAGGUUUUCUAAUUUUGCUUUCACAUCUGAAAACAGUAUUCUACAAAAAAACAGCACGCUAAGAAACUGGUUUCUAAAGCCGACAACCGAUAACAAAGAGGCGUAUUGUGGUAAAGGUGAAAGUACCAUCAAAGUCGCACAACCAAAUGAUACAAAUUCCCAACACUCUGUUGAGGAGAAAAAAAUUGGAAGAAGAGUCAAAUCCUUUUUUAAGCAGGCGAAUUCAAAUAGAUACGGAAACAUGUCGGAGGAUGAAGACGAUGCUUCGUUUUGGAAAAGGACAGACAGUAAAGGCCCAAAGCAAGAAAAUACUUUUAUUAAUGGGGAGAAGCAAAAGGGAAGCUUCAAAAAGAAAAUCCGGAAUAGUUUUUUCAAGGGAUCUAUUGAAAGCAACGAGAAAACUUACGCUAAUGAGAAAAAACCUUCACAGAUUGAAUUCUCGUCAGAUGAUGAAAAUGAGUCUCACUUUACAGAUGCAAACUCACAUGUUAUACAAUCCAAGAGCCCUGAGAAAACUUCUCCUGGAAAGCAAUGGCCAACUAAAAGCACUGAUUAUAAAGAUCACAAUGUAGGAUCUGGUGAAAACUCUGAGGAAGAGGAUGAAGAUGACGAUGAAGAUGAAUUUUGCCCACUCACUCCACCAGAAAAUGUUUUAGAAGGUCCAUAUAAAUUUGUAUUUCAAACCCCAAAUACAUUUACAUCCCAGCCACACUUAUCGACCGAAAAAGAAUACCAUAAAGGCGGAAAAUACACGAUUGAGUAUCUCAGCAAAAGCUUAACUACUUUGGACAUUGAUAUUGAUUUUGGGGCAAAGGAGGAACCUGAUUUCUAUUCAGAGAAAGAAAUACAAAAAAAAAUCGAAAGUAUUAUUCAAAACAUUGCCGUUGAAAUGUCAAAGAGUAAAAUAGGCAAUAACAAUGAACAAAAUGAGCUUGAAAAGUUGAAAAAAGAAAACACUAAAUUGCUAAAGUUCAAAUAUGAACAUUCUAUACAGAAGCAAGAACUGAUCUCUCUAAACACUAGGCUCGAAUCUUUAAAUAAGAAAAACAAGGAUCUUAUUAUCGAAGUGAAAAAAUUGAAGAACAAUUCGGAAAAUGAGAAAAUGAAAGAAAGCACAUUUACGGAUGAGAACGAAAAUGAAAGUUUUACUAAAUCUAAAAUAGGGCCAGGUGUUUUAACGUUGAACGUCAAUGAAACUCGAAAAGAGCCACAACAAGCUACAACCAAACCCUCAAAAUAUCUUCCAAGAGAAAUAAGAAACAAUGAGACAAAACUAAAGCACUUAGAAAAGAAAAUAUUCGGCUUAGAAAAAACUCUUGAAAAAAAAAGAAAACAGAUGAAGACUAACGAAGUUAGAUUAGAUUUGAAUAAAUAUACUAUUGCUCAGUUUUUAAACUUAAUGAAAAGUCUCAACGCAAUUUUACAAUUUUACAAUGUCUAUGGAAACGAUUUGAAAGAGUACAACGACAACAUCAUCAGAGUAGAAGCCUGUUGUAGCGCCCUUAACACAAAGCACUCUUUCGAAGAAUCCUCACUGCGUCUGCAAGAACAUAGCUUCAUGAGACAAAUGAGUCCAUUGUUCACAAACAUCAACUUCUCGUUAAUCGACCAACUAACAAUGAACUUCAGAUUCUACGAAAGAUCUGCCAACUUCCAGAAGGAAACAAUAAGCGGACUAAGAAUGAUGCUGGAAGAGAAAGAUGAUUACAUUAAAACACUGAUGCAGCAUUUGAAGAAAAGGCAGAGCACAAAAUUGAUAGAAGACGCUCAGAAGGGUGUUUCCGCUAUACAAUCUUAG